AUGUCUUUGCUUCCAUCUCCGAAAGGGCUUCCGGCAGACCCACCCGGCGAUGGGUCUAAUUUGCGGGGCCUAGUUCGGCGGCCCGGCCCAGCACCGCCACAGCAUGUUGCAGCAGUGUCAGGGACCAUCGCCCCGGGAUUCAGAAAAAAAGAGAAGAAGAAGAAGAAGACAGAGAAAGAAAUGCUCCAAAAAGUGGCAAACUCGUCACCGCAGUCGGCGGAUAUACUGGAUGGAGUGCCCAUGGAGCUGGCGAGAACCGUGGUAAAUAUGCAGCAGUAUUACGCGUCGGGGGUGAAUGAGCUUGCAGAGAAAUUAGGCACUGUGGAGGAAGAACUGAGGCGAGCGAAGGAAGAGAAUUUGAGGAUGAAGAAGAGGCUGGAUAUGCAUUUUGGGAUGUUGGGACAGGCGGCGGAGUUUAUGCAGCGGGUUAGCCAGGGGCUUGGGAUGGCGAUGCCGGUGGAUGAGGAGAUGUUGGGAAGAAAGGGAGGAGAUGAGGAGUUGAAGCAGGGCUUUGAUGGUGAUAGUGAUUUACCAAUGGAGGGAGUGAAUAUGGAAGUGCCGCCGAUGCCGGUGGAUGAUAGGCCGCCUAUGAGGAGUACGGGUCGGAUGGCAGGUAAUAGACGGAUGAUGCAGGAGAAGAGUCCUGCUCAGAGGAGGAGAGGAAAGGAGAAGAGGAGGAUGGUGGUGGCUGCGGAAGUGUUGCCAAUUAGAGAGAAGAUGGUGAUUCCUCAAGAUGAUGGAGAUGAUGAUGAUGAUGAUGAUGAUAACAUUGAUCGAAUGAAGAAAUCUAACUCGGAAAUCCGGCUGGAGGAAGAGAGUCGCCAUAGGCGCGAAGACAACGGCAGCGACGAUGCCAAGAUACUACAAGGAGCACCCCGUCUACAAGCCCUUAUAUGUCAAGAUGCGAUACGUCGAAGUGUCAUACGUCAAGACAUUACACGUCAAUCCCGCUUUACACCAAUCAACCGUGUUCCAUCUCGCCAAAGCACACCGUCAGUCGACAACGACGCCGACUCAGACGAAUACUGCCCUUCCUCCCCGUCAUCAUCAUCAUCAUCAGACUCCAUCUACGAAGAAGAAACAGCCCCAUCCUCAACCAUCGCAAUCUCAAAACCAACUCCCUCACCAAACCAUUUACUCCAAACCCCCCUUCCAGCAUCAUCAUCAUCAUCAUCAUCGACAUCGACAUCAUCCCGUCCUUCCAAGCCCCGCUACUCCGUCACAAGACGCACCACAAUCCCCCGCUACGCAUCCGGCCCACCAGGCAAACCCUUCCGCUUCCACCGCAUGGGUCGCACCGUGCUCGACGUCUGGACGGAAUACAAGCGCGGCUCGAAGGGGAACCCGGCCAUUGAGGCGCUGGAGCGUCAGUACGGCACUGAGUGGCGCACGGGGGAGGAUACUCGGGAGUUGAAAUACGCGAGCAACUAUGUCAGUGUGCGGCAGAAGGUGGUGAGUCAAGUAGAGGAAAUGUGCGAGAGGGAAGGGAUCAGUGCGAUGGAGGCGUGUAGGAGGUUGGAUGAGAGGGUGGAUGGGAGGAUGCAGCUGUUGAUUUCGGCGGUGAGGAAGGGACAGGAUCCGUUUGUGGUCAUACCCAAGAGGUGA